UUUUUACCCAAAACUCUCUCUCGCUCUGUCAACCCCCCGCCGAAAUCGAAGGGCGAGAGGCAGCGAAGGAGAAGCCAGCCAUGGAAUACAGCCUCCUACUCCCUCGCCUCCGCGCCAACCACGCCGCCUCUCUCUCCUCCCUUCUUCCCUCCCCUUCCCUCGCCGACUGUCACCACCGAACACUCCUCCACGUCCCCUCCUCCUCUUCUCUCAAGAUUCACAAUCAGCUUCAUUCCAUGUCAACUCUUGGCAUGGCGAGUUCUAACAUGACAAAAUGUCAAGCAAUGGGAGCAAGUACUUACAAGGAAGCUUCUGCCACAGUUGAUUUAGACUGGGAAAAUAUUGGAUUUGGACUAGUGCCAACUGAUUACAUGUAUAUCACAAAAUCUUCUCCAGAUGGAACAUUUGCAAAAGGUGAAUUGCAGCAUUUUGGCCCCAUUGACUUAAACCCAGCCUCUGGAGUCUUAAAUUAUGGACAGGGUCUAUUUGAAGGUUUAAAAGCAUACAGAAAAGAAGAUGGAUCAAUUCUGCUAUUUCGCCCAGAAGAAAAUGCUUUACGGAUGAGGAUGGGUGCAGAGCGUCUGUGCAUGCCAGCACCGACUGUCGAGCAAUUUGUAGAUGCUGUAAAGCUAACUGUUUUAGCAAAUAAGCGCUGGGUACCACCUGCAGGGAAGGGUUCCUUGUAUAUCAGACCGCUACUUAUGGGAAGUGGGGCUGUUCUUGGUCUUGCACCUGCUCCCGAGUACACAUUUCUUAUUUUCGUUUCACCUGUUGGAAACUACUUUAAGGAGGGUUUAGCACCAAUAAACUUGAUAGUUGAAAAUGAAUUCCAUCGCGCAACCCCUGGUGGAACUGGAGGCAUAAAGACUAUUGGGAAUUAUGCUUCGGUGUUGAAGGCACAGAACAUAGCUAAGGGCAAAGGCUUUUCUGAUGUUCUGUAUCUUGACUCUGUGUACAAAAAGUACCUGGAGGAAGUUUCAUCCUGUAAUGUUUUUAUCGUGAAGGAUAAAAUUAUAUCAACCCCAGUUAUAAAGGGAACAAUCUUACCUGGCAUUACAAGGAAAAGUAUAAUUGAUGUUGCUCGAGGCCAAGGUUACCAGGUUGAGGAGCGCCUUGUAUCAGUGGAAGAAUUGCUUGAUGCUGAUGAAAUUUUCUGCACAGGAACAGCUGUUGUUGUAUCACCUGUAGGAAGUGUAACAUACCUUGGGAGUAGGGUGGAUUAUGGGAAUAGGGGAGUUGGUGCUGUAUCUGAACAACUCUAUUCUGCACUAACAAGUCUGCAGCUGGGUCUUAGUGAGGAUAAGAUGGGAUGGACUGUGCAGUUAAAUUAAGAGCUACAGAGUACUCGAGGACAGAUAAUUGUGCUCUCUUUUUGUUGAUAUUAGUGCUCUGAUUCCUUUCAGUAUCAUUGCUAGGAAAGCGUUUUUUUUUUCUAUGAUAAUGUGAUGUACUCUGACUCGCUCAGAUCAAAUGCCCAAAUAUUUGCUUGUCUGUAUGCAUCCUGCAUAGAAUAGUUUGGCCAUGCUCGGCAACAUCUUGCCUCAUGCCAGCUAUUGGUAACACAGUGCUCGUUUAAAAUAAGUUGGAAAUUGAAAUGUGCUAGUCUUGUAUCAUUAUGGUUCAUUGAUGUUAAAAAUUUUAUUAAUCAAUCAAAAGAUGAUAGAUAUGCUGUA